AUGGAAGCGCGCGCAGACAGUCAUUUCCUAGCCGGCAAAAAGAUCAUCGUCGCGGGCGCCGGCAUCUCUGGGCUUGCGUUUGCCGCAGCUCUCGACAAGCAGUGGGACGACAGGUUCGCACGGCCGGAGGUGACCAUCUACGACCGGGAAAAGAGCGACGAGGCCGCGCAGAGGGAGGGCUAUUCCCUGUCGCUCAAUGGCUUCGACAAGGACGGCGGCCUCGUAGCGCUCAGGGACCUGGGGCUCCUGGACCGGAUUGUCGAGCAUGCAAUUCUCGGGCUGGAGACCCAACCCAGCAUGAAGAUCUGGACGAGCUCCUGGGAGGAGAACAUCGCGAUCAAGCUCCGCGCCUACCAGGGCCUCCCGUCGGCGUCACUCCGUAUCGCCCGGAAGGAUCUCCGCAAGAUCCUGAUCGAUGCCGCCACGGAGCACCGUGCCAUCCGGUGGGAGACUUCGUGCGUGGGCGCCGAGCGGCUGGAGGGUGAGCGCAUACGAGUCCAGCUCUCAGCCGGAGACGGUUCAGGGACGUGGUCCGAAGAAUGCGAUCUGCUCAUCGCGGCAGACGGCGCAAGCAGCAAGAUCCGGGCUGCCCUGCGGUCCAAGGACACGCUGCAGUUCGCGGGCGCCAUACAGCUAGGAGGGUGCGCGAGGUUCCCGGGGGGCAUACCGGCGCCCGUGGACAAGUCGUGGGGUCUCGUCAUCACGGGCGAGGGUGUGUGCUGCUUCUUCUCGCCCGUCGACGCGGAGCGGGUCGUGUGGGCGGUGAGCUGGCGCACGGGCGAGCCGCGCGACCUGGACAAGACGAGACCGGAGGAGCAGUUCCGGAGCCUGAUGGCGGAGGCGCUCGAGCGCGGCGCGGCGAUACGCGAGCCGUUUCGCACCAUUGUCGAGGCGACGGAGCCGGGGACCGAGCUGCUGAUCCCGGCGCGGGACAAGGCGCCAUUCCGUCAUGGCGAGGGCCGUGUUCCUCCGGGAGUCGUCUUUAUCGGCGACAGUAACCACGCCGUGAGCCCCUUUGCCGGCAACGGGGCCAAUCUCGGCCUCAAGGACGGCUGGGACCUGGCGCGCGAGCUGUGCCGCGGGGCUUCGCUCGCCGGCGCGGUCAAGGCGUACGACGACCGGAGCGUGCCCCGGGCUGUUGCGACGAUCAAGAGCUCGCACUGGCGGAUCACGAUGGGUCACGCCACGGGCGCGGCGUACUGGUCCUUUUGGGUGUUUAUGCGGGUGGGAAACUUUAUGUCUUGGCUCUUUGGCAGGUUCAUGUAG